GGCUAGGAAAGGAAUCCACCUUGGAGGAUCGGCCAUGGCGAGGACUACUCCGGCGACUGUAGCGGUGUCGGUGGUGCUGUUUGCGGCGGCCGCGGCCCAGCUGGCCAGCGCCGGCAUUCCUGACCACUACUGGCCGGCGCCGUCGGCCCCUUCCACCGGCUUCCCGACGUACGGCUGGGAGAACGCCCACGCCACCUUCUACGGCUCCGACUCCGGCCUCGGCCACGACUUCGGCGGCGCGUGCGGGUACAGCGGCAGCGACAUCGCCUCACUCUACUCGACGAGGACGGCGGCGAUGAGCACGCCGCUGUUCGCCAAAGGGGACGGCUGCGGGCGGUGCUACGAGAUCCGGUGCGUGCAGUCCAAGUGGUGCGUGCCGGGGUCGCCCUCCGUCGUCAUCACUGGCACCAACCUCUGCCCGCCCAACUGGUACCAGGCCAGCGACGACGGCGGCUGGUGCAACCCGCCGCGGAGGCACUUUGACAUGGCCCCGCCCUCCUUCUACGAGCUCGCCGGAAGGGCCGCCGGCAUCGUGCCCGUCCAGUACCGCCGCGUGCCGUGCGAGAGGAAGGGCGGCGUCCAGUUCUGCCUCAUGGGGAACCCCUACUGGCUGCUCGUCCACGUCAACAACGUCGGCGGCGGCGGCGACAUCGGCCAGAUAGCCGUCAGGGAGACGGGCGGGGUGUGGAUCCAGAUGACGCAGAACUGGGGGAUCACGUUCCAGGCCUUCUUCGAGCUGGACAGGUCCAAGGGGCUCCAAUUCAUUAUCACCGGCGGCACCGACGGCAAGACCAUCGUCGUCGGCGACGCCGUCCCCGCCUGGUGGAGCACCGGCCUCUGCUACCAGGGAUCAAACAACUUCUGGUAGUAGACCCGUUCCAUCCAUGGCCACGAUAUAUACUCGCUCCGUCCGAAAAUACUUGUCAUCAAAAUGAUACAUAUCCUUUUAUCCAUUUUGAUGACAAGUAUUUCAGGACGGAGGGAAUAUAUUCCUUCCUACAUACUUCGAUCGAUUCACCGUCAUCGAUGCUGUUUGCAAGUGUUUUUGUUUCAGUAAUUAAUCCCCUCCUUGUGUUCUCGACUUCAGUUUUAAUUUGUUCACUGGAGCUAUCUCUGUAAUUUUUUGUACAAGACUUAGAGCUUGAUUUGUCUCUACCCCAUCUUUAUGAUGCAUGCAACACGUACCCUCAAUUAGUCCACAAACAAAUUGUGGA